GGAGAAAGAGAAGAUAAGCAUACGUUAAAAAGCAACUCAUUACCUUUUCUUUGGGACAACGUACUGUGUUGAAAUAAUGAUCUGCUUUAUAUAAACAAUUACAUAGUAAUACACCACAGCAUAAUAUUAUCAUUAGUAAUGGCUAUGCAACAAUAUGUAGGUUCUUCUUCUUCAUCUUCAUCUUCUAUGGUUGCAUCCUUGAAGAAAUUUGAUGUUUUUAUUAGUUUCUGUGGUGAGGAUACUCGUAAAACCUUCACAAGCCAUCUUUAUGAAGCUCUUCACAAAAAAGUUAUGACAUUUAUUGACUUUGAGCUUGAAAAAGGAGAUGAGAUCUCAUCAGCACUCAACAAAGCCAUUGAGGGGUCAGAUGCAUCUAUAGUUAUAUUUUCAAAAGACUAUGCAUCUUCAAAAUGGUGUUUGAAUGAACUCGUUAAGAUUCUAGAAUGCAAGAGAGAUCGAAGACAGAUUGUCAUACCUGUUUUCUAUGAUAUAGAACCAUCUGAUGUGAGGAAUCAAACUGGGAUUUAUAAGCAAGCUUUUGAAAAACAUGAGCUAGAUUUGAAACACAACAAAAACAAGUUGCAGAAAUGGAAAGAUGCACUCACUGAAGCGGCCAAUUUAUCCGGCUGGAACUCUCAAAAUUGCGGGAUGGAGUCAAAUUUUAUUAAGGACAUUGUGGAAGAUGUUUUGAAAAGAUUGAAUCGUAGACAUCCAUUUGAAGUUAAUAAAGAACUUGUUGGCAUUGAGAAAAAGUAUGAAAAGAUGGAAUCUUUAUUGAAAAUUGGAUCAAAGGAUGUUAAAACUCUUGUAUUAUGGGGCAUGGGAGGCAUAGGAAAGACCACUCUAGCAAAACACUUAUAUGCUAAAUUGUGUUCUCAAUUUGAACAUCAUUGCUUCAUUGAAAAUAUAAGGGAAGAAUCAACCAAGUGUGGACUCAAGUCUGUAAGUAACAAACUUUUUUCUGAAUUGUUGGAGCUUCCUCUCAAUGCACCUUAUGUAGAAACCCCAAUUUUCAUAAAUCGACUUGCACAUGAAAGAAGUCUCAUUGUGUUGGAUGAUGUUGCAACCAUAGAGCAAGCAGAAAAUGUUAACAUAGUCAAUAGUUGCUUGGGAGAGGGAAGUAGAGUCAUUAUCACAACUAGAGAUAUGCAGAUAUGUAGCCAGUUUGAUGAGUGUGAAAUAUAUAAGUUUGAGGAAAUGAAUGCAGAUGAAUCCCUUCAACUAUUCUGUCAGAAUGCUUUUGGAGAAAAAUGUCCUAAGGAUGGAUAUGGUCAUCUAUCACAAGAAGCAAUUCGUUAUUGCAGAGGCAAUCCCUUAGCUCUGAAAGUUUUAGGUGCAAAUUUUCGUACAAAAAAAAGUAAAAAAGGCUGGGAAAGUGAAUUGGAGAAACUCAAAAAGAUUCCCAAUAGAAAAAUCUAUGAUGUGUUAAAAUUGAGUUAUGAUGACUUAGAUCGCACUCAACAAGACAUAUUUCUAGACACUGCAUGCAUCUCCAGAUCACUAGUUUAUUAUAACUCCCUUACUCAAAAAAAAUACUUAACAGCAGUAUGGAAUGCUUGCAUGUUUUAUCCAGAUAGUGGAUUAGAAGUCCUUCUAGAUAAAACACUCAUAUUCUUUGAUGACGAACGCUUUAUCAGUAUGCAUAAUUUGUUAAAAGAAAUGGGAAAAGAGAUUGUUAUGACAGAAUCAGUCAAAGACCCCGGAAGAAGAAGUCGAUUGUGGGAUCAAAAGGAUGUGUAUGAUGUAUUGAAGUAUAACAAGGGAACUGAAGUUGUUGAAGUUAUAGAAUUUAAUAUUGAUCAACUUGGGGAUUUGUACUUGAGCUCUGAUUGCUUUAAAAGCAUGACCAACUUAAGACAUCUUCAUAUCACUACAAAAAGUCUAGAUGAAGAGAGUAGACUGCAUAUCCUUGAAGGUCUUGAGUGGUUGUCUGAUAAAUUGAGGCAUCUUUGUUGGAAUUUUUUCCCACUUGAGUCUUUGCCAUCAACCUUUUGUGCAGAAUGGCUAGUACAACUUAAAAUGCAGAAUAGCAAGCUUAAAAAGCUUUGGAAUGGAAUUCAGAGGCUUGACAAUUUAAUGAUUCUUGAUCUUGGUUUCUCCAAAGACCUGAUUGAGAUUCCAGAUUUAUCAAGAGCCCCAAAUCUUCAAGUAGUAUCCCUUUCUUUUUGUGAGAGUCUCAGUCAACUCCAUCCAUCCAUUUUCAGUAUCCCCAAGCUUAUAGAACUACAUUUAGAUGGCUGCAAAAAAAUUAAAAGCCUGAAAAAUAACAUUCAUUUAAAAUCUCUCAAAUUACUUGAUCUCUCUUUUUCUUCAUAUCUUACGGAAUGUUCUCCAUUGAUGUCGUGCAAUAGGAAACUUACAGGACUGCAGCUUACAGGAUGUACACAAAUCAAUACAUCGAGUUUUUGGCUCAUCCUUGAUGGAACACCAUUUUUAAAAGAACUAUAUUUGAGUCGGUGCUGCAAUUUAGAAACACUCCCUGACAACAUCAAAAACAAUUCAAUGUUGGAAAUUCUUAUUUUAAAUGAAUGUUCUAAACUUAAGUCUAUACCAAAGCUUCCAGCCUCCUUGCAAACUCUUGAGUUAAAUGAAUGCAGGAAACUUAAGUCCCUACCAAAACUUCCAGUUAGCUUGCAAAGUUUGAAAGCCAUGAAUUGCAUUCAUUUGGACACUAACUCCAUUCAACGAUCAAUACUUGCGAAUCUGUCACUGAGUAACAGGAAUCUGCCAACUCAUCCUUGGGAGUUAUUUUUCUUUCCUGGUGGUGAAGUUCCUAGUGAGUUUUAUUUUCAGACAACAAAGGCUUCCAUAGUUAUUCCUCCUAUUCCAAAAUAUGGUUUGUGUGGUUUCAUCAUUUGCAUCAUUCUCUUUGGAGAAGCGGGUCUCACUUACUCUGGUGAAAUGUUUUGUACUAUUUAUCAACAAACCAAAGAAAUUGACCUACACAGGAUGCAGUGUAGUACAGGAUUUAUUUCAGAUCAUGUAUUGUUAGCCUACAUAAGCUGUUAUAAUUCUGAUUGGGUGAAGGUUGGGAGUGAAAGUGGAAGUGAUGAUUACAACCUUUCAUUUAAAUUCAAUUAUGAAAAAGGUCGAGGUAUGAGAACAGAGUGGAUCAAGAGUUGUGGGGUUAUCCCAGUAUAUGACUUGAAACAUAGUUUUGUGUUGGAUCGUAGAACUAGUGGAGUUGAAAUUGUUGAAAUACAGUCCAACACUCAACUAUCUGAUGAUUCUGAUGAUAUUAAUGAAAUACAGUCCAACACUCAACUAUCUGAUGAUUCUGAUGAAAUUGUUGAAAUACAAUCCUACGCUCAACUAUCUGAUGAUUCUGAUGAUAUUCAAGUUUUUGAUGAUUGUCAACAACAUUCGAAAUUUGAUAUUAAUGAGUCACAACACCAAGAAAUUGGAGCUGAAAAUGAAGAUGACCAGCAACAACUAAUUAUUCCUCAGAUAGAAAAUACGGAGGAGUUGAAUGAUACAUCUCCUUGUUCCUGUUCAAUCGGUCUUUUGUUGAAGCACAUACUAGAAGAAUCAAAACGGCUAUUUCUAAAGCAAAGAUAAGACAGCAUCAAAACAUUCAUUCAUAAGUCUUUUGCUGAAGCACGUUCUAGAAGAAUCAAAAACGUCUAUUUCUCUUGUUUCUCAACCAAAGCUUCCAUUCAGAAGUAUCCCAUGAUGUAGUGCAUUGGUAUUUGAUAUAUAAAGUUGUAUGCUUGUGAUAAAUUUGUCUUUUUUUAUGAAGCCAUUAGAAACUCUUCCCAUCCUAAUUAGUUGUAUUCAGUUGUUGUGUUCUGCUUUUGUUGGUAUUAGAAACUCUUCCCAUCCUAAUUAAAGUUACAUGUUUAUACUACUGAAACUGUUAAGGUACCAGUUUAUUACAACACUUUCUAUUCUAGCGUUGAAUCUCAUAAUUGCAUUACAAAGGUAAACAUGGUCUAAUAACUCACCACUUAACACUUUCAAGGAUCCUAGUGAUCAUGAACAUGUUAUAUGAGGUUUCAGUACUUGGUAAGGUUUGUAGUCAACCCGAGUCCAAAUGGAAAUAGGGGAUCAUAAUGUUUAUCACCAACAUUCAUCGGUAGCGGGUCAACUGUCUUGAACCAUAUCCUUGCUCAGCUAUGGUUAGAUUCAAACUGUCACCAAAUGUUUCAGCAUAAGGUAUGUGGUUCUCCCACAAUGACUAUGUGUAUGUAGUAUGUCAUAGGAAAAUUUGUUUGACUUGAUAAAUUAGCAUUGAGAUUUUCAUUGUAGACAAUUUUAGCUGCAGGAUCAACUGUUUGUUUAAUAGCAUCCAGGAUGGUUGUACCUGUCAUCUAAAAUUAAGUCUAUUAGAUGCGUAUUUUUUCCACAAUGGAAGCUAAGAUAAAAAUAAUAUCUCAAGAGCAUUUUCAUGUCACAAUUUGUGAUUAAGACAUUUCAAAAUCAUACUGGACUAAUUGAGAUUGACUAGUAAGCCCUUGCCAAGUGAUUGUCCAUCCACCACAUUGAUUACCCAAAUUAUCAGCAUGACUUCCUGCAACCAAUACUUUUUAUGCUUUCUUGGGAAGGGGAAGCGUGGCCUUAUGAGCAGAUUUAAUAAAACUAAGAAUUUCUGAACAGCUUCUCUUGCAAACUCUCUAUUUUCCUGUUUAAUACAGGAUAUGCGAUAUGCGAUCAACAAAACACACUCUUUUCAUUUGAAAGAAAUACAUGAAUUAUUCUAUGCAAGUUCAAAUGAUGUUCAUAAGAAAAUGUACCUUGCUACCCAAUUGGUUUGCUAUACUUAGAUCAUUAAUCCUGCUCACUAGAAUAAUAUCGUUCUUUAGGUCAGGUCAUGAAUGAACUCAGUGAAGUUAUAGGGAACCAUAAUCUGCAAACAAUGUGAAUUUUAAAUAGAGAGUAAUUUCCAAAUAUUAAACUCAGGUGAUGAUGAGAUUUCAGAUACUUGCGCUUACAGUAGGGUAUGUACUUAUGCCAUAUAUAACAACCACUCAUCCUAUGAUUUCAAGUUUAUCUUUAAAUGUUAAUUUAUCUUUAAAUGUUAAUUUUUUAUUAAUUUUAGGUUGUCUUCAUUAUGUUACCCUUUUACCUCUUAAUGAUAAUUUUAGAUAAUUUGCAUUCUGAAUCUUUGGGGGCCAUAGGCUCUAAGCAGGAUAUAUACAUAAACAAUGCAGAGUAGUUUAUUUUUACCAAUAAAAAAUAAAAUAUGAUUAUGGAUGGAGCUGUGUUACUCCAUAUAUAAUUUAAUAAAAAAAAAUUGUAGAAUCCAUGAUAUUAAAUUGUUCUAUAUCAAGAAGGAAAUAAC